GUGCUUGCUCUUAUUCCCUUAACAAAGACUAGUUCUUAGUGACACUUAACCCAAUUUCAUCAAUGACAUUAUUCUCCUUCUCCUUUAUUGGUCCCUUUCUCUCCACCUUAAUUUUUUGCUUCAUUGCUCUUUCCUACUCUGCAUCUCUGGGAGCUGAAGAAUGGGGCUCACCACCUAUUAGACCCAUCUCUUCUCUAAUUAGAAAAAAGCUUUUUCACUCCAUUUUCCUCCACAAAGAUGACAGUGCAUGCCCUGCAAAGAACUUCUACUCCUACAAGUCCUUCAUCCAUGCAUCCAAACACUUCCCUAAAUUCGGCACCACAGGUUCUUUAGCCACGCGCAAGCGUGAAAUCGCUGCAUUCCUAGCUCAGAUUUCCCAUGAAACCACAGGUGGCUGGGCCACUGCACCUGAUGGCCCAUAUGCUUGGGGCUUGUGCUUCAAGGAAGAAAUCAAUCCUCAGAGCAACUACUGUGAUGCUAGUAACAAAGAAUGGCCUUGCUACCCUGGCAAAAGUUACAAAGGAAGAGGACCAAUUCAACUUUCUUGGAAUUUCAACUAUGGGCCAGCAGGGAAGGCUUUAGGAUUUGAUGGGCUGAGGAACCCUGAGAUUGUGUCUAACAAUUCUGUGAUUGCCUUCAAAACUGCUCUGUGGUUUUGGAUGACAGAGAGAAAGCCAAUACCUUCUUGCCACAAUGUGAUGGUUGGAAAAUAUGUGCCAACAGAAGGUGACAUAGCAGCUAACAGAACAGAAGGUUAUGGCUUGGUGACUAACAUAAUCAAUGGUGGACUUGAAUGUGGAAUUCCCGGUGAUGCAAGAGUGGAUGAUAGGAUUGGAUUUUUCAAAAGAUAUGCCAAGUUAUUCAAUGUGGACACUGGACCUAACUUGGAUUGUGCAUAUCAAAAAUCCUUUUAAUUUUUUCCUUGGUUUUAGUUGUGUAUUUUUCUCUUUCUUUCUUUUGUGGGUUCUUUUCUCUAGCCAAACUUCAAAUCAAUAGCAUGCACCUGCUUCGUGGUAUUUUCUGUCUGUAGUUUAUCCUUAGAAACUGAUGAAUGAAAAGUUUUAUAUUAGAGAGCGAUGUCAUUCUAUUGUCGAUUUCAAAUAUCAUAUAUGAUAAAUUGAUUUACAUUUGUCA